CACGUGUUUACUUUCAUUUUUUUAUGCUCAGAUCAGAAGUUUUGAAGCUUUAUAGAAACAUAUUACGCACAGUGAAAAAAAUACCAGAUGAGUACUACAGGAAUGAAAUGAAAUAUUGGGCUCGUGAUAACUUUGAGAAUAAUAAACAUUUAACUGAUGAGAUUGCUAUACAGAUGAUGAUAAAUAAAGGAAAAGCUUCACUACGAGAAUUAGAACAGAGCAUCAACCUUGCUAAAUAAAUUGGAACAAAAGUUUUAUAACAGCAACUGAGGUUGUGUCGAAGUAGGAUCGUAAUCUGUGUGACUUCUUAAACAUUCAGUACAUUGAUUAAUUGGUCAAAAUAUAUCACUUCGCUAAAGGGACAGGAAAUUUUGUGAAACUGAUGUCAGGAGAAAGCAGUGUUUUAUUGAAAUAUUUAUAUCUUCAAUGACAUUUGAAAGUGUUUGAUACAGUCAUAUAUGUUUUAUGUAUGUAUGACAUAACUAUUCUAGUUUUUCACUAUUUAAUGAUAUAAUUUAAGCUAUAUACAUUUUAUUGGCAUUUAUAUUUGAAAUUUUCUAUGUUCAAAUAUUGAAUGUUACUAGCUUUUUGCAUUUUAAUGUGUUAAAGUGUCAUCCCAUAUUAAAGUGCUAGAUUUUUCCUUGCAUUUUCAAGUAUAAUAUUUUUAUAUACUUGUGUUUUCAAGUUCAAUAUCUGCCAGCAACUUCAACAUUUAAAUUGUAUACUAGCAAUUUUUUUUAAGUGUUUAAUUUUUCCAUUGUUCUCAAGUGCUGUACUUCUACCUGUGUAUUCAAGUGCUAUAUUUUUACCAAGUUUUUUUUUUGAAAGUGAUAGAUCAAGUGUAAGAUUGCAAACACUUUCUGCUGAAGAUAUGGAGAACAAAGGUGAUAAAACUGGCUCAGCUGAGGUCACCAUGGAUAAAAUCGUACCUGAACAAAUUGAUCAAAGUAACAAUGCAAUAGUUACAAAUGUAAGUGCUACAGAAAACAAUACAGCAAACGGUAUGGACAACAAAGAGUUAGAUGAUUUACAGAAUUCAUUAGAUAAUCAGGCCGAGUUAUUCAAUAACAAGAAGAAAGAAAUUGAACAUAGAAGGCAGGCAGCUAAGGAUAAGGUAAACAAAGUGUAUGAAAAGGUUAAACAAGUCAUAGAUGAAAAGAGAGAUGAAAUUAUUGGUAAAAUAGAUGUAGAAUGUGACAGAGCUAAAGAGUUGGUUACGGACUAUAUCAAUGAUAUAGAAUCUGGAAAGAAGAUUGUAAAGGAAACUUGUGAUUCUAUAGAUUCAGAUAGGGCAAAGGUGAAAAACGAGAUUGAAUCAAGCAUUGAAAUCCGUAAAGAUGUUCUAGAUAAUUUCCAUGUACCAAGUUUAAUUUUGAAUGAAAGGUCAAUGAAGACUUUGAAAGGUAUGAGUUUUGGACACUUUGAAGAUUUAAGUGACGGGUUACUGAAUACAGAGUCACAUAGUUGCAGUGACAGCGAAGAAAGUGAAACUUAUGAAAGUGCUGCAGAGUCAGAAGAUUAUCUUGAAAACGGGGAAAGUGAUGAUGGCAAAGAUUGUUUUGAUACUGAUAGUCCGGAGAAAAGUAACAAAAUGGAAGAAAGUAGUGAGUCAGAAACUCCAGGGUGUCGACAUAAACAUGCACUUAGUGGAGAAUCCCCUGCACCAUAUUGGAAGGCUAUGGGUCUGUCCAAACCACCCGAGUUACCACAGCCAGUAGAUGAUGACAAUUUACCAGACAACAAAUUACAGCAUUUGAAUUCCUUCUCCCUUCUUAGACAAGGUGAUGAACAUAAAUUAUCUUUGGCAGCUAUGACGUGGAAUAGAGGAAAGAUAUGUGUAGCUGAUAGAGCCAAUACAAAGAUGAGAUUUUUUCAGCCAACUGGUGAAAUGAUGACGGAAACGGUCUUCGAUUGCUCUGAACUUCGUGAUAUGACUUUCCUUGAUGAAACCCAUGGGGAAACCAGAUACGUUCUAACAAGUCCAAGAUGUAAAUCGGUGAUGGUAAUUGGCAUUGAUGGGGAAAACAAUGUAAGAAUUAUUCAUAAAUUGGAAUCACCACACCGGUACUCGUAUGUAUGCCGAAGUCCCAGGCCUGGGACGUUGCUUGGUGCAAAGGUUGUUUCUAAAAGUAACAAGUCAGUUGUUAACAUGUUUACCUUUGCUGGAAACAUUUUACUUACAAUAAGUAAAACUCCUAGUUAUAACCAGUUACAGUGUGUAAAGGCGCUUGAUGUUUUCGGAAGUAAUAUUAUUGUGCUAGAUGGGAAAAUAAAUGCAGUGUUUGUGUAUAAAGAUGAUGGAAGAACUGUCGGAGAGUAUCGAGGAACACCAGAAGAACCAUUAGUUAAUCCAACAGAUGUCUCUUUAGAUACUAAAGGCAAUGCUUUAAUAUUGAAUGGUGAGCGCUCAAACAUUCAUGUUAUGAACCUCCAAUGUAAUCUGAUUGAAAUUAUCAAAAUUCCAGGAAGUAAUAUUGGUAAGAUGCCAAGCAGAAAAUUGAUUGCCUUUGAUAUAGAAAGUCAAAGACUUGCUGUAGCGAGGAGUAAUGGUGAAAUAGCUAUAUUUACGUUUAAAGGUGGUUACGAUUGCUUGACACAGCAGACGCCCGACCCAUGUUUAGCGUUGCCACAUCAAAGUGUCAAUAGUGUUUGGGAGCCACCACAAGAAGUGGUACCACUGGUUGAAGGGAUUGUACCCAGCACUAUUGAAGACAUUAUGUCAAGGCAAAGAGGAAGAAAUAGACAAAGAUACAUGCCAUACUGCCCAUCUUAAAAAUCUUUUUCACCUAGCUUUAAUACCUGAAGACUUAGGCAAAGAAAAUAAAUAUUUUCUAUCUUAGAUGAUCUAUGAUUAAUACCAAUAGGUAUAAAUCUGCUAUUCAGGCUUAUUAAAAUUGAAUUAGGUUUUGAUUUUUCUGUACAGAAAUGUUUUUCUAAAUGGUUCGUUAUUUUACUUACCUUUGUAAUGUGUGAUAUACAAGUCCUCCUGAACUACAUGUUACUUCCUAUUUUUCUCUGUGGAGAACUGAAAAUAUAUUUUGUAAAAAAGUUAUGUAUUGAUUUUAAUGUCAGAGGUCUAUUUUGUUGUCAUAUUGCAAAAUCAUAUGUGUAUAACAUACAGUCAAACCUGUGAGACCGGCCAUUUCAAAAUGGAGCACUGUGAAUACUGGUUAUUAAUGAAAUUAAAUUUAUCUAAGAGUUGUCAGUUAGUAGAGGAAUAUUAACCUCGUCAAGAAUACUUGAAUUGUUUUAUCCAACUUGAAAGAGAUAAGUAAGAUCAGUUUUCAUGAUAUUGUAUAAUCUUUAUCUUUAUCUAAUUUAAUAAAACAUGACAGAAAUUAAUAUUUGAUAAAAAAAAAAAAAAAAAUGCCUGGCUUGUGUCAGCCACUUGCCAGACGUGAUAUUUUUGGAUAACUUGCAGUGAUAACCACUAUUAUAGUAAGUACAAAAGUCUUUUUUCAAAGUUUUUUUUUUAAAUGAUAAUAAAUCAAAAUGUUUUAACAAAGAUCUAAAUUUUCUUGGAGUGGCUUUUUUAUAUUAAAGGUUUGACUGUAUGCCAGGUUUUGGUUACAUAGACCAUGUUGUAACAGUUUCACUAUAUUUAUGCAUGAAGAAAUGAUUAAAUUAUGAGCCGCGUCAUGACAAAACCAACAUAGUGCGUUUGCGACCAGCAUGGAUCCAGACCAGCCUGCGCAUCCGCACAGUCUGAUCGGGAUCCAUGCUGUUUGCUGUCAGUUUAUCCAUUUGUAAUAGAGUUGGUAAGCGAACAGCAUGGAUCCUGAUCAGAUUGCAUGGAUGCGCAGGCUGGUCUGGAUCCAUGCUGGUCGCAAACCCAUUAUGUUGGUUUUGUCAUGUCACAGCUCAUUUGUUGAUUGUUGUACAUAGAAUUAUGGUUAUGAUGAUACUUUUGAAGAAAAACAUGCAAUUUUUCUCUCAAAUUAUGUAAUUAUUUUGUACUGUUAAGACUUGUACUUAAAAUAAGUUACGAAACCCUAUAGAUAGUUAAAAUUAAUAUGAAUGAUUUUUUGGCUGCUAAUGAAGUGUUGAACUGGUAUCUCAUGAAGAAAAAUUUUGGGCAAAACACAGUAGCAUUGUUAUAGCUAUAAAAGGCCCAUUCUGUCUUAGAAAAUAAUGCUGUUAUUAUUAUUUCUUAAAAGUUGUUUUUGGCAAUUAGUACAGUUACAGUGAUUUGAUAUUUUGUACGGAAAGUCAAAAUACUACUUGGUUUGUAUUUUGCUACAUUGGUGACAAACAAUUUCACAUUAUCAAAUAAUUUCAAAUUUAUCGCUACUUUGUUUAGGUAACAAGCAUCCAGCAUGCUGUCAUACAUAUAUUUAGAUAUUAUAAUAAAACUCAAGUUUUUCUAAAGAUGUAAACAUCUAGUGGUUUCUGAGUAAUAAUGUGCCUUUAAUUAAAGGAAAUUGCCAUAAUACAGUUAUUAUUUUCAUCUGUGUAAGGAUUUUGAGAGAAAUGUGACCAUUUAUAUCUAAUAAAAUUUUGUCACGGGAAGAUUAUACUGAAGAAUAGUUGUGCUUGAGAGAUCUACCUCUUAACCCAGGCAUUUUUAGUUUGAUCCCUACAAGGCUCUUUCAUACACCAAUACUGGUUAGUUUCUGUCAGAGUGCUUCUCUGACAGUGCUUCAAAUAUACAUCAGGCUAAAGUAAGUGU